AUGUCGCUGGAACCGUUGGAUCGAAAGCGGAAGUACGAGAGCUCGGAGCCUCUAGGGACUGUGGUUAGAUGGAGAGGCUCUUCUUCUCAUCCUCACCACCACCACCACCACCACCGUCCUCAACAGUUCAAUCGGCCUGGCAAUUUUCGGAGAAUGACAGGUCAUCGUAGGCAGGGUAGUUGGCAGCCAUUUCCAGAAGAAUCUGGUCAAGAGCAUAUGCUGUCUCGACCUUGUGACAAAAAACUGGAGGAAGAUAACUUUCGUUCUCGAGGGGAUGGAAGGUAUGGAAGGGUCUAUAAGGAAAGUAGAGGAGCCUUUAGUCAGAGAGAAUGGAAAGGGCGUCCAUGGGAAAGCCCGAGCAACUCUCUUAAUAUGUCCAGGAGGCCAACUAAUGCAUUUAAUGAACGCAAGUCAGUUGAUGAUAUGCCAACAAAUUCCCCUCAUCCCAAUUCUGGCUCAUUAACUGCUUGGGAACAACACCACAUGAAAGACCAGCAUGAUAAGAUGGGUGGCAUUAAUCGAUUUGGUACAGGGCAGAGAUACGAUAGGGAUAGUUCUCUGGGUACGGUUGACUGGAAGCCACUUAAAUGGACUCGGCCUGGAUCUGUACGAGACUCAAGCUUUAGCCAAUCAAGUGGCACAAGAAGCUCAGGAGGGGCUAAUUCGAAGGGAAACUAUGAAGGGAAGUAUGGGUUACAACAAAAAGUUGCAACUACUGUUGAGUCAAAUUCGAGGGAAGCUGCUAUAUGUCGUACAUCUUCUGCACCAUCUGAAGAGACAAAUUCGAAGAAGAAGCCUAGGCUAAAUUGGGGUGAGGGACUUGCAAAGUUUGAGAGGAAGCAUGUUGAGGGACCUGAGGCAACUUCGAACAGAGAUGGACCUGUCUCACCCCCUUUAAAUAUGGAACCCAGUAAUUCCCUCUGUCCCAGCUUAGUCGAUAAAAAGCCAAAAGUUUCAGAACUUUCAGGCCGUGCAUCUCCUGCAGCUCCAACAACUGCUGCCCGCAGCUCUUCACCAGGUGUAGAUGAUAAAUUGUUUGGAAAAGCUGUAAAUAUGGACAAUGAUGUUGGUAAUUUGAGUAGUUCACCUGGCCGGGAGUCUCAAAAUCAUCUGCAGAUCUUUUCUCUUAAUUCAGAGAAGGUGGAUAUUAAUUCACUGACUAGUUUGGGCUCUUCACUAGUUGAGUUACCACAGUCUGAAGAUCUGAGCUCUGUGGAUUAUAAUUCAUUAAGAUCCACUACACUGGAUGAGUUGCUGACAUUGAAAGCCGGCAUUUCAAAGGUAUUAGAGGUGACUGAAACUGAAAUUGAUUCACUUGAAAAUGAACAUAGAUCUCUAAAAUCUGAAUCUGAGGGUAGAUUUCCAUGUUCAGCAGCAGUAGGCUCUCUGCUAUGUUACAAUGGAAAACCUUGCUCUGAUGACAAGGUUUUCUGUUUAGAGUCAUCGCCAAUUGUAUCUUCUGACGACCUUAUUGUGGAGAAGGUGCCUAUUGCGAAGAAGAUGAAUCUUGGUACUAACUUUGUUAAUAUACACGAUAAUUGCCUGGGAGAUGAUAUUAACAGUCAUGGACCUCCAAAGUCUAAAGUUGUAGAGCCUCUGCCCAUAAUUAAUGCAGUUUUUUCAUGUGAUGUAAGGAGAUAUGGUUCUGGCUCAGAAGACUUGGGUGGAGUUCAUUCUACAGCCAUGCAAUGCUUAAUUCCCUGUACUAAUAGGCAAGCUGCCAAUGUCUCUGUUUGCGGUGAUAGUAAUUCAUCUUUGAAAGUUAAAGAUGGUGUGGGUGCUAAGAGAAGUGCAAACUCAUAUUCUAGAACCGAGGACAAUUUAUAUGACAAAAUCAUUUCUUGCAAUAAAAAAUCUGCAAAAGCAGCACAUGAAGUAUUUGCUAAGUUAUUGCCUGAAAAAUGUUGCAAGAAUGGUAACAUUGGAGCUAGCACUGGUUCAUGCUCUCAGAGUGGCACAUUUAUUAUGGAAAAAAUUGCAGAGAAAAGACGAAUGUCAAGAUUGAAGGAGAGAGUUGCGACACUUAAGUAUACAGCCCUGCAUCACUUGUGGAAAGAAGAUAUGCGCUUACUGUCUAUUAGGAAACAACGCCCAAAAUCUCACAAGAAACUUGAAACCAGUUAUAAUAAUCUGAAGAAGCGGUCUUCUAUUUCUUUUCGUUUUCCCUUCCCAGCAGGAAACCAACAAAGGUUGGUUCCAACAUCUGAGUUGAUUAAGUAUACAAGCCAACUUCUUUCAGAAUCCAAACACGAAAUUCAUAGAAGCACUUUAAAGAUGCCGGCAUUAAUUUUGGAUCAAAAAGACGAAAUGAAUUCAAUAUUUUCAUCUAGUAAUGGGCUGGUUGAAGAUCCAUUGGCUAUUGAGAAAGAAAGAGCCAUGAUAAACCCUUGGACUUCAGAAGAGAGAGAUAUUUUCUUGAAGAAAUUUUCUGCCUUUGGAAAAGAUUUUCGGAAAAUAGCUACCUUCCUUGACCACAAGACAACGGCAGACUGUGUUGAAUUCUACUACAAAAAUCACAAGUCUGAUUGUUUUGGAAAAAUUAAGAAAAAAGAUGACGACAAGCUCAGAAAGUUUUAUAAAGCCAAAACUAACUUGAUGCCAACUGACUUGAUGCCAAAUACUUCUCCACUUGAUAUCUUGAGUGCAGCUUCAGUGAUGGCAGAUGACAUUGCAAGAAAUCGAAGAAUGCGUUCAGGGCGUGCUCUUUGGAGAGGAUAUAACAUGAGUAAUAGGCUGAAAAGUUUUGAAGUUCUCCAAGAUGAAAGAGAGACUGUUGCAGCUGAUGUGUUAACUAGUAUAUGUGGUUCUGUUUUAUCUGAGGCAACAAGUUCCUGCAUAACUAGUUCAGUCAAUCCUGUGAAAGGCAAAAGGGUCAGGAAGUGUGUGAAAGCAAAGCCUCUACGGAAACCACCUCCGACGCCAGAAAUUACCCAAACUAUUGAUCAUGAAACUUGUUCGGAUGAGAGCUGUGGUGAAGUUGAUCUUACUGACUGGACAGAUGUGGAGAAGGCGGCCUUUCUUCAUGCUGUAUCAUCCUUUGGAAAGGAUUUUGCAAUGAUCGCGCAGUGUGUCAGAACAAGAUCCCAAUAUCAUUGCAAAGUCUUUUUCAGCAAGACUCAGAAACGUCUCAGAUUGAAUCUCAUGGGUCACAGACCUGAAAAUGUUAGAUCAUUGGGGGAUGAUGAUGUGGAUGGUGGCAGGAGUGACACAGAUAUUGCAUGCAUUGUAGAGACAGGUUCAGCCAAUGGCUCUGAUACGUCAGGCACUAAAACUGGUGUGGACCAGCCUGCAGCUGAUACGAACAUGUAUCAUGAUGAAUCCAAUCCUGUAAAAGCUAGCAACAUGUCAGCUGACUUAGAUGAAUCAGAGGAAACUAAUGGGAAAGUAGAUCAUGAAGAUGUAAAUAUGAUUUCUGAUGCAUGUGCAAUUGGGGGUCUGGCUCAGUGCGGGCUCAAGAUGAACCAAGCGAAGGGGGAAUUGCAGGGAAAUGAAUUGGAGGGUUCAACAAUAUGUCUAGUUGAUAAAGAUGAGGCUGAUACAGAUGUUGGAGUUCAAUUGAACGAUACUAGCACUUUGGUGAAUACUUCACUAUCAUCUACGGAAGUUUCUUGUUCAAGAUUGACUGUUGAUGCUGGAAAUGAGCCCCAACCACGCCUUGAAAAACCUCCAUUCUCAGGAUCAUCAGAGGGUCCUCUUACAAAUGCAAAUCUUGGCUACCAGCUUUGUAAUCCUGGUAAUUCAUUGGACCAUGUUGAGGCUGCCAGAGUCCAUCAGUGCUGUAAUUUGCAAGUGCAUUCUAAGAAGGAAAUGAAUGUGAAUAUGAGCUGCAGCAGUUCAGCAACUGAGUUGCCUCUUUUGUCCCAAAAGAAUGAGCAUUACCAAAGCGUGCAGGGUUUGUCAGAUUCAGAAGAAGCACCCCGAAAUGAUGUGAAAAUAUUCGGGAAGAUACUGACCAUUCCUUCAGCCACCCUGAAGCCUAAUUUAAGUGUAAAGGGAAAUGAUGAAAAUGGUACCUAUAGUCCGAAGUUAAAUACUGCCUCUUCUAGUCUGAAACUAACCAGCCGUGCUAAUGCUGGUGGAAAAGUCCCUGUGUUGGAGGUUGAUCUGAAUGACUGCCAGGUCAUUGAAAAUGUUCCCGUUGCAAGUUAUAUUAUCAAUGGGAACAAAAUUCAGCCUGGUUUGUCUUCCCUCCCUGAUUCUGAAAUUUUGCUUGCAAAAUAUCCUGCUGCAUUUGGUAGUUAUCCUACAACUGCCAGAUUAGAGCAAGAGUCAUUGCAGGCAUUGGCCAACAAUAAUGAUAAACAACACCUAGACGAAGCAUCUUCUUUUCCAACUGCUUCUUUUCCAACUGGAGAAGUCAAUGGAAGAUAUGGUGUGCCUGAUUAUCAGAUAUUCAGAGACAGGGAAGAUCUGAUUGCCCAGCCACUCAUGGAAGGCGACCUGCAAAUAAGAAAUAAUUUUGAAGCAAUCCCAAGUUUGCAGCAGCAGGUUACAGAAAUGGUGGGGACAAAUGCUAUUGGAAAGCCAGAGAUUCUUGUUGGAGAAUCCAAAAGUGUUUCCUCGGAUCCUUUGGCAGCCAUCAAAUGA